GUCGAGGAAGCUGUGAACGAAGUAUGUAAACAUGCCAGUGAAAUAGAUUUCCUCGCCAGUGACUUGAAAACUCUACUGGAUUUAUACGUCUGUGAACAGUUUGUUUUCAAUGGAAAUAUCUGUAAACAGGUUGAUGGUGUAGCUUUGAGUAGCCCUUUGUGGCCAAUUCUUGCUGAUAUCUUCCUGUCGACACUAGAAAACAAACCGGAAGGUGAUUUGAAUUCAACCAUACCAUAUCGACGGUAUGUUGAUGAUACACUAGUUAUUGCGCGCAAUGAAACAGACAUUAUGGCAUUAUUUUACAAGUUAAACUCAUUGCAUCCCGACAUCAAACUGACAUUAGAAUGUGAAUCGGGAUCAAAACCUCCAUUCUAUGACUUUUUACCUAAUCGAAUGUCAGACGUCUUGUGCGUUUGCCUUUUCGAGAAUCGCACUCACUCACGUCAACGUGAACGAAAUAACACAAUUGUCGCCUCGCCGUGGUGCUCUCAAGCUCAGUGGUGCAAGAAACUGGCUGAUUUUGGCUCCGCCGCAAGUCCUGUGACCUGUACUGUUCUGUUCUAA